AUGGCUGUAGCGGGGCCGCGGGAAAAUCUGCAAGGAGUGAUGGGUCCACCUCCUGCUGUUGAGCGCAGGGAGUUUGAGCUGCUACCGACAUACCAUCGUUUACUGCAGUAUGGACAGGAGGAUUGCAGAAGUGGCUCGGAUGACGGUAUAGCGGUCGAUGUGCCAGCGUGGGCAACCAGCUAUCUCGCUUCCGGUGCCACAGAGAUGCGUCGAAGCAUCCUGGAGAUCGGCACGGAUGAAGUGCAGGCUUUGGUUCAUUCUGUGAUGGAUUCCUCAGACUUCAACCUUAAUCUGGAGUUUCCAGACCAGGAAAACGGCGAAGCAAUCGAAGCCUCCCCGACGGCCAGGCAGACAAAAAGUGCACGGAAGCCAAAGGAGCAUCCGAAAAGACGGUUGAAGGAGACACGUUGGGGCCGUUGCUUGGCACCCUGGUGCCGACAGCUGGCAUUGCAGCCUGCACUGGGAAGCCGAGGUCCGUUUCUGGUUUGCUCGGCCAAGAGCGGCUGCCGCUUUAAGAAGGACCUCUCGGCGGCUCAGUGGCGCACUUUGCCUGCUGAGUGGCUGAAGUACUGGCCGAUAUCCUGGGCAGCAGUAAAGCCGUGGCUGCGCCCGCAGAGGCCUGUGGCCUCCCUGGGUUCCUCGCGCCAUGUGCGGCCGCGGCGCAUCUCAUGGCGACGCGCUGUGCAGGCAUCCCAGGACUAUGCUGCCUCAUCUCAGGAGCUCUUGGAUGCGCUUUCUCAAGCGAGCAGCGGAGGCGCCUGA